AUGAUUCGCAUUGCCGACAUCGUCAACCGCGAAGAUACUUCGCCCAUCCUCCGGCCCUCCGGCGUUCGGCUCUAUGAUGCCAGCAGCAUUCCAGCUCGCACUUCGCUUGACCGCCGUCUCCGCUCCGCCACCCAACCCUGGGUCGAACUCCCUGGUCUCCACGCUCGCUCAGAGCUCGUCGUGCAUCCCUCGGACACCACCAUCUAUGCGCCGUUUCCUCCCAGCCGCACCCUUGCCAGCUCCCUGCAACCGGCCUCUCUGCCUGCCUCAACCUUCUUGGCCGACAUACCGGGGCGUGCCGGCCGUCCCGGACCCAGGACCGAGCCAGCAGCACACCCAAGCUGCCCGGAUUGCGCCCACCAAGAGUCUGGCCCGCAUGCCUUCCACAGCCAGCUGCGGUCCCGGGCUCUCGCCACCAGCUCCGAUGGCGGCGAGAGCCAGCACCAGGAAGACUUUGAGCAUCCGAGCAAAGAACUCGACCGCCAGAAGCGAGGGCCCGACGACCUGGACAGUAGCGACCCCGACUGCCAGCCCGACCAUGAGUUCCCCUGGUCUCGCUCGCGGGACACUGCUCGCCUCCUGCUGCCAAGCGUUGCCGCUCUCCCACAGCCCCCGGCGUCGCAGCCCCCUGAACACGCUGCCGCCCACACCCAGGACAACGGCGAAAUCAAGGCGCCACCAAGGCCCGACCAUCACCAACCCCACCAACCCCACCACCACCACCACCAUCACCACCACCAUCACCACGGAGGUACUGCCGUUGCCGACUAUUCCAAGCCGUUUGUCUGCGAGUUCUGCUGCCGCUCGUUCCGUCGGCCGCAGGAGCUGCGGCGACACACCAAGUCGAUCCACUGCGGCCCCGAGGAGCGCCAAUGGGUCUGCCCGGGAUGCUCGGCGCCUUUUGCGCGGGCGGACGGGCUGCGGAAGCAUCUCAACUCGAACCGGGCACUGCUCAAGGGCUGUGUCGAUAUUGAUGCCCGCAACCCGAACCAUGUGUUCAAUCUGGCUCACGAAAACAAGCUCAAGCGCCAAAAGGUCAAGUCUCUGAAGAGCCAGAGCAACUAG